AUGCUCUACAUGUCGUGUAUGGUACUCGGCGGCAUCUACCUACUCGUUGUUUUCGGCCAAAAACCAGACAAAAACAUCUCGAUGAGCACGACUAGGAUCCUGUACGGAACUUUCGCGGCCGUUGCCCUCGUUGGUGUCGUCGUUCUCGGACUUCUCCAGCAGAAAUCGACCGGCAAGAAGGCAGCAGCAGUCAGCCACCGGAUGGAAUUAAUGAAAACCGUCCGGAUGCUGGGUACUGUGGACCAAUGGCUGAUCGCAAUUCCAUCGGCUUUUACUGGAAUCGAGAAUUCGUUCUUUAGCGGUGUCUACUCCACUGCUUUGUCCUUACAAAAGCAGCUUACGAUUAAUACGAAUCAGUUGAUGGCGUAUAAUAGCAUUGCAACUGGUGUUGGGCAACUGUCCGGCGGUCUACUCUUCGCCCUCCUCGGAAAAUGGUCCUCUCGAGUCGGUUCGAGCAACGGCAUCGGCCGCGGGAUCGCGGUCCAUUUUGCCGCCCGAGGAGCGAAGGUGACGAUCACCGGAAGAAGUGAAGCCGCCUUGUAUGAAACCAGGAAAGAAUGUGUGGCAGCUGGCGCCCCGGAAAACGACAUCCUCGCGCUGGUCGGAAAUUUGGCCGAAGAGGAAUUUAUGACCAAACUGGUGCACGAUACUGUAGAAAAAUUCGGAAAGCUGGAUUUCCUGAUCAAUAACGCUGGUGUUACUGAUGAGGACAUGUGCAACAAGAAGCCUGGCUUCUUGACUCAGGAUAUGCAGAGCUACGACUAUAUCUUUCUGAUUAACGUGCGAUGCGUCGUUUUUCUAUCCCGUGAAGCCACGCCCCACCUCGAGAAAACGAAGGGAGCAAUCGUCAACAUGAGCUCGAUUGCCGCAUCGGAAAUUCAGGCUAUAGCCUUCCCCUACUAUGGGAUGUCAAAAUCGGCACUGGAUUCGCUGACGAGAAGCUUGGCACUUGAGCUGAUUCGAAAGGGUAUUCGGGUCAAUGGGAUCAAG